CAAAAGUUUGGCAAAAAGCCAUUAACAAUGUAUUUUUCUGCAAUGUUCAUCUUCACAUAGUACGUACAUUUAGACAGCUGCUCAAAGUCAACCUCCUCCAUCCUGCUAUUUUUUGCCUACAUAUAAGUUUCUUCCUUCUCAAUCUUCAUUCAUUCUAAUUAUACACAUCUCUACGUAGCUUAUUAAUUCCAUAAGCUGCAUGUUCUAAGCUUUUCUUAACCAGCUUUUAGCUUAUUUUGCUGAAGAAGAAAAGGGCUCGACGUCGGUCCCUUCCCUCGUAUCUAUUUCUUUGCUGUCAAGGUUUUAGUGAUUCUUGCUGCAUUUGUGAGGAUGCUGGGCUUUUCACGGAAUCCAGCAACGAGAAAUGGAGAUUAUUUGGAGGGAAUGCUGAGUGAAUACAUGGGGGGAAAGGGGAAGUUGAGAGGGCAAAAGGGCUCCUCGGCUCGUCUUGUGACGGUGUUAACGUGCUUGCAGUUUGCAUUUGCAGUUUAUGCGACAUUUCUGCUGUAUUAUAUGAGCCCGUCUGUGGACUUGAGGACCAAACCGGACUUCUCAUGGGCGACGCGUAUUGCACAGCAGUGGAAGCAGUUGAUGGUCACCCCACAUGUUGUGAGCCAUUACCAAGAAUCCAACUCCCUCAUCAGGGCUGAAAUCCCACCAAUUAGUCCAUCAGAAGUUUGUGAGAAUGAGAAGAUAGAUUUUGUGCAGAAGAAGUCGAAUGAUGCUGUGAUGAUCAAGUUGAAGAGGGAACUCUAUCAAGAGGUGCUCGAUUUCCAAAAAACAAAAAUCGGGACUGAGACGCUUUCUGAGCUAAUGGCAAUGAAAUCCAAGUGGGAUUUGCGUGGGCCGAACGUCCCCAAAGUGACUGUCAUUCUGAACCAUUUUAAACGGAAGACGUUAUGUGCUCAACUCGACUCUUUGCUCCACCAGACACUACCAUUUCAUCACGUUUGGGUGCUGUCGUUUGGAAGUCCUAAUGAGCAAUCCCUGAAGAGAAUAGUGGACAGCUAUAACAACUCAAGAAUCAGUUUCAUCAGUUCAAGCUAUGAUUUCAAGUACUACGGGAGGUUCCAAAUGGCUUUGCAGACAGAAGCUGAUCUGGUAUAUAUACUGGAUGAUGACAUGAUACCUGGAAGGAAAAUGCUGCAGAUUCUGUCUCAUGUAGCAGGAACAGAGAAGUACAAGAAUUCUGUUCUAGGGAGUAUUGGGAGGAUUCUGCCUUUUCGACAGAAGGACUUCACAUUCCCCAGCUAUAGAAAGUUCCGUUCAAAGGAGGCUGGUCUUUAUUUGCCUGAUCCAGCUUAUGAUAUCACCAUCGACAGAGUUGUACAGGUUGAUUUUCUCUCCAGCUCUUGGUUUCUUUCCGCCGAGCUUAUCAAAACGCUUUUCAUCGAGACACCGUUCACCUUCAUGACCGGAGAAGAUCUGCACUUGAGCUAUCAGCUUCAGAAGUACAGAAACGCUGGUUCAUUCGUGCUGCCAGUUGAUCCGAACGACAAAGAAACGUGGGGCGACAGUGAGCACAGGCUCGCUUAUGUAUCUGAAACAACCGUAAUUUUCAAAGACAUUGUUCAAGUACGAGACGAUCAAUGGUGGAAGGCCCUGUCAACUGGUUACAUAACUCAAUGGGCAGCAAUGUACCCACAAAAGAUCGAUGCACUCUUCUACGCCCACUCUGUGGAAGAAGUUAAAGCCCUGUCCCCUCUUCUUGAAAAGUUCAGAAGCACUGUUGGGAAAAAGGCUUAUAUCGUUGUCUCAGGGGGCAACUUCUGCCCCUGUGAAGAUGCAGCUGCAGCCCUGAAAUGGCCCAAGGCCGUGUGCAAGGAGAGACGGUUCAAGAUUUUCGAUCUGGGAAUCGGUGCUCUAUCCGGGAUUUCAAACUCAGAGGUGCCCGUUUUGCAAGCUGUGUAUGCUAGCAUGAAAGGGUUAAUAAAAAUCCACAACCCAAGCGUGGUGAUCACUGUUUCAGAUAUCGACUCAAACGUGAAGAAAGCUCUGAAGAUGGCAUCGGAGACUAAUGCAAAUGGUUCGGCAUUGGUCCUUUUACCAAGAGCUUCAGUCCCAAAGGCUCUCUGGAUGGCUGAUCUUCGCUCGACAGCAUUGCCCAAUUGGAAUCGGAUGAGGCUAUCAGUAAGCAUUAUCACACAAAACCGGGCUCAUUCUCUCGCAAGGCUGCUGAAGUCUCUGAGCAACGCAUACUACUUGGGAGACGAGGUUCCCAUAACUUUCAACAUGGACAGCAAAGUUGAUGCAGCAACAUUAAAGCUAGUGAACUCAUUUGACUGGCCACACGGCCCUAAAAUUCUUCGUAGACGAAUCAUCCAAGGAGGGCUAAUCCGAGCAGUCAGUGAAAGCUGGUAUCCAUCCUCAGACGACGACUUUGGCCUACUACUCGAGGAUGACAUAGAAGUCUCACCUUACUACUACCUCUGGAUCAAAUACGCCCUUCUUGCUUACCACUACGACCCUCAGGUCUCUCUACCUGAGCUCUCGUCGAUCUCCCUAUACACCCCACGUUUGGUUGAAGUUGUGAAAGAAAGGCCUAAAUGGAACGCAACCGAGUUCUUCAAACGCAUCCAUCCAAACACACCGUAUCUCCACCAGCUACCCUGCAGUUGGGGUGCAGUUUUUUUCCCAAAACACUGGAGGGAAUUCUAUGUCUACAUGAACAUGAGAUUCACCGAGGAUGCCAAACAAAACCCUGUCCAAAUCCCAAAAUCAAGAACCAACGGCUGGCAAGCCUCGUGGAAGAAGUUCCUGAUAGACAUGAUGUACCUCAGAGGAUACGUUAGCCUGUACCCCAACUUCCCGAACCAAGCAAGCUUCUCGACCAAUCACAUGGAGCCCGGAGCUCAUAUCAGUGCAAAAGACAACGUCGUUAGGCACGACAAGGCGGACUUUGAGGUGCCGUUGUUGAACCAAGACUUCCGGAAUCUGUUGCCUAAUGGAAAACUGCCUCCAGCCUCAAAGCUACCGUCAUUGAACCUCUUCAACCAGGCAUUAUCGCUGAAAGGUCUGAAGGCGGCCGGAGCUAAGUUGGGACAGGAUGUACUAGAAUGCAGGCCAACAGAGAGAGUUAUGGUGGAUCAUGAAACAGGGCUGCCUUCACAUUGUGCAGCAUUCUGAUUAUUACCAAUAUUCUUUUUUGGUUUCUUACAUUUGUUCAUUGUAGCAAUAGAGAUUGUCCCGGCAGGGGAAAGUCAAUUCUCAACUGUAAAAACUGAAAAAUGAAUGUGGGAUUCAUAAAAGGAAAAA